AGCAUAAAAAUGAUAAAUAAUUACACCAUGAACAUGAAAACAGGUUCCUUUGGUUGCCGGUCACAUUGGAAGAUGUUUGUUUGAACCAGAGAGAAACCAAGGACUGAUUUUUGGACCCUGGAAAAAACUGAAGACUUUCCCAUAAAACAUAUGUACUUGUUCAACGCAUUUGCUAAGCUGGCGAUCAUUGUGGAAGAUCAAAGCCUUCUGCGACUCUGCUGUGGGAAUUGUUCAGUUUAUGAAGAAGAUCAACAAGGCUAUCUCUGAUAAGAGUUUAACUGUAUAUCAUGAGAAGCUCAUGUUAGAAGUUGAUUCUUUGCAUGGGUUUGUCGCCCUCAGUGGCAUGGAAAUUGUCACUAGUGAUAACAUUAGCCUUCCUUCAAUCCAAUUCUGCAACUGUUACAAGGUUGCGAGCCUUACUAAGACAAUUAUGGACACAACUCAAAUAUCAAAUUUGAGAGAUCAGUAUGUUCUUGGAGGGCAAUUAGGAUGGGGGCAAUUUGGUGUGAUUAGGGCAUGCUCAGACAAGUUAACCGGUGAGGUUUUGGCUUGCAAGUCCAUUGCUAAAGAUAGGUUGGUCACACUAGAUGAUUUCUGCAGCAUCAAGCUUGAGAUUGAAAUAAUGACUAGGUUAUCUGGGCACCCAAAUGUUGUGGAUCUAAAGGCAGUUUAUGAAGAUGAGGACUUUGUGCACUUGGUGAUGGAGUUAUGUGCAGGAGGGGAACUUUUCCACCGGCUUGAGAAAUAUGGGAGUUUUUCUGAGUUUGAGGCUCGUGUUCUUUUUAAGCAUUUGAUGGAAGUGGUCAAGUACUGUCACGAUAAUGGCAUUGUUCAUAGAGAUCUCAAACCAGAAAAUAUUCUCUUAGCAACUAAAUCCUCGUCAUCUCCAAUUAAACUAGCAGAUUUUGGUCUUGCAACCUAUAUAAAACAGGGGCAAAGUUUGCAUGGUACUGUUGGUAGCCCAUUUUAUAUAGCGCCAGAGGUUUUGGCAGGGGGUUAUAAUCAAGCUGCCGAUGUAUGGAGUGCAGGAGUUAUUUUGUAUAUUCUUCUAAGUGGGAUGCCUCCUUUUGGGGGGAAGACUAAAUCAAAGAUAUUUGAUGCUGUUAGGGCUGCUGAACUAAGAUUCCCUACUGAUCUUUGGGAUCACAUCUCUGUAUCUGCGAGGGAUUUGAUCACUGGAAUGCUUUGUGUAGACCCUUCUAAGAGGCUCACUGCAGCAAAGGUUCUAGCUCACCCCUGGGUGGAGGAUUGCAGACAAGUAGCUGAAGAAGCAUUGAAACACCACAACCUUGAUUGCAGAGAGCUCGAAGUAGGACGAGGUUCUUUUGCCAUGCCAUUCAUAAAAAGAAAUCAGGAUUAUAGCUUUAGUGAUGGAUCACCUGUGUCUGCCAAUGGCCAACUGGGAACACCUGCGUUCACUUGCAAAUCAUCCUUUUCUUCUUUCUUAGUUGAAAAUGCAAGUCCUUGUUCUGAAUCUGUGGGUUUUUCAUUUAGCAGCUGCUGUCAAUCGAGUGCAGCAGAAUUUUCAUCCACAAUUCCAUCAAUGCCAAGCUUUACAUUCUUCAGUCCAACUGCUGCCGUUGUACCACUAAAAAUUUCUUUGGAAGCUAAAGCUGAGACAUCAAAGAUGGGCAAAGAAUAUGGAGAAUCAAACUUAGUAAAGCUAUUUAUGUUGCCGGAUACUUCAGUUGCAGUGGAACACAGGGCAGGAGAAGUGGAACAAAAGACAGAAAUUCGCCGGGGAGGACCCAAUGGAUCUCGCCUUGCAGGCAUUCAUAGUAAAAGGAAUCACACUAUUGGUCUUGGUGAGGUUGAUCACUUUGACCUUGUGGUGACUGAGUCAGUAAUCCGUUGGGCAUCCUGCACUCAUAUUCCUACCGCGCCAUCACUUAGAUUAUCCCUCGUAUGCUAGAAGUGUUGAUACAAGGUUUGAGCAAAAGGGGAACAACUAUAUACACUGAUAUUGACUGGAACAGAAAUAGCAGACGUGACACAUCCGGGAACAUAGAUGCAGAUGUGAGAUAUGUAUAUCAAAUCUGAGGAGCUGAGCUUUGGUAAAAAGGGAUCUGUUGGCUUAAUUUCAUGUUGGUGUUUGAGUGAUGAUGCUUUUCUGAAUUUGAAGAUUGAAAUUGGCAUUAUGUUCAGAGUCAGGCGAUGUAAUAGGGUACAACUUCUUAUUCAUCCUCUAACAAGCUGCCCUGUAACUUGGGAGAAACAUUUUUGAUCCCUUAUUGUUUGUAAAUUGUAAUUUCCGAUGAAAAUACUUGGAAAAAUGCUGCUUUCCACCAUCAAUACAUUUUGAGAGAACUGUUUUCACUAA